CCCCAGCCCCAUGGCGGACGUGGCCUUCGAGGAGUUCUCGGCGCCGGGCUCGGAGCUGGCCCUGCCCCCUCUCUUCGGGGGCCACAUCUUGGAGGUGGAGUUCGAAGGGGCGGGGUUAGGGGCGGGGCCUCGCCGAGGGGGCGUGGCCCCGGGGGUGGGAGGGGCCGGGGGCGGGGACGAGGAGGAGGAAGAGGAGGAAGAGGAGGAGGAAGAGGAAGAGGAAGUGGGGGAGGAAGAGGCCGAGGCCGCGCGGCGCCGCCGGGACCUGGAGCUUCGGAAGCUGCAGGCGCUGGCCAGGAGGGUGCGGGAGAUCGAGCAGGUCAAUGAUUGGUCGCUGUCGCGCCUCCGCCGGGUCACGCAGGUCACGCGGCGCCUGCAGCGGGAGCGCAGGUUCCUCAUGAAGGUCCUGGACUCGUACGGGGACGACUUCCGGCAGGGACAGCUCACAGUGCUGCUGCAGGACGAGGGCAGCCCCACGGACGCCCCCACCCCCGGCAAUGCUGAGAACGAGCCCCCCGAGAAGGAGCCGCCCCCCAACCCCCCCCCCGCGCCCCCCAGCCCCCCCCCGGAGCCCCCCAAGAGGCGCCGCCGGAAGGGGGGGGCGGCCCCCGGGCCCCCCGGCUCCUUCAGCCCGCUGAAGGGGGAGGGGCCCAGCUCCUGCCCCUCCCCCCCAUGGGCCCCCCCCAGCCCCCCCGAGAAGCUUCUGCGCUGCCCCCCCCCCUUCGACUGAGCCCCCC